AUCGAUAACAAAAAGUGGAAGCUGAGGAUCGGAGCUAAGGCAGGAGAUGACCCUCACUUGUGCACCACCAACAACUACCUUGGAAGGCAGAUAUGGGAGUUUGAUACCAAUGCAUGCUCUCCGGAAGAACUCUUUGAGGUUGAGAAGGCUCGACGGAAUUUCUCCGACAAUAGGUCACAAUACAAAGCUAGUGCGGAUCUGUUGUGGCUUUCUAAGGGAGAAAAAGUUCAAACAAAACAUUCCGCGGCGUUACAGUCUGAUGAUGGACAUUGGCCUGCUGAAAACUCUGGUUGCAUGUUCUUCAACGCUCCCUUUAACGAUGAUGGUGGGUGGGGACUAGACGUUGAAAGCCAUAGUUCAAUGUUCUGCACGGUCCUCAACUACAUCUGCCUACGGAUUAUGGAAGUGGAUCCUGAUCAUGAUCGUAAAAAAAGUGCUUGUGCAAGGGCUCGUAAAUGGAUCAUUGACCGAGGUGGUGCUACCUAUACACCAUUGUUUGGAAAAGCUUGCCUUUCGGUUCUUGGAGUGUAUGAAUGGUCUGGUUGCAAACCCAUACCGCCAGAGUUUUGGUUAUUUCCUUCUUAUUUUCCUAUUAAUGGAGGCACGGUUUGGAUUUAUUUCCGUGAUACUUUCAUGGCACUAUCUUAUUUGUAUGGUAAGAAAUUUGUAGCUACUCCAACACCCCUCAUUCUACAGCUUCGUCAAGAGCUUUAUCCUCAAACUUAUGCUGAUAUUGUAUGGAGUCAAGCUCGGAAUCGAUGCGCCAAGGAAGAUCUAUACUAUCCACAAACAUUUGUACAAGACUUGUUUUGGAAAAGUGUUCACAUGUUCUCCGAGAAUAUCUUAAAUCGAUGGCCUUUCAAGAAGCUCAUAAGAGAAAGAGCUAUCCGAAGGGCUUUGGAACUUAUCCAUUACCAUGACGAAGCCACCCAAUACAUUACCGGUGGAGGUGUGCCAAAGGUGUUUCAUAUGCUUGCUUGUUGGGCAGAAGGUCCCGAGAGUGGUUACUUUAAAAAACAUCUUGCUCGUGUCUCUGGUUUCAUAUGGAUUUCGGAGGACGGCCUAAAAAUCCAGAGUUUUGGUAGCCAAAUAUGGGAUACAGUUUUGUUGCUAAAAGUCAUGUUAGCUGCUGAUAUUGAUGAUGAGAUAAGAUCAAUGCUAAUAAAGGGAUACUCUUUCUUGAGGAAGUCUCAGCUUAUAGAGAAUCCUCCUGGUUACUAUAUCAAAAUGUUUAGAGACAUAUCCAAAGGAGGAUGGGGUUUUUCAGACAAAGAUCAAGGAUGGCCAGCUUCAGAUUGUACUUCCGAGAGUUUAGAGUGCUGCCUGAUCUUUGAGAGCAUGCCUUCUAAUUUCAUUGAUGAGAAAAUGGACGUGGAGAGGCUUUAUGAUGCCGUCAAUAUGCUUCUCUAUUUGCAGAGCGAAAAUGGAGGUAAAGCUGUAUGGGAGAGAGCGAGUGGGAAAAAGUGGCUAGAGUGGCUUAGUCCCAUAGAGUUUAUGGAAGAGACAAUACUCGAGCAUGAGUAUGUAGAAUGCACGGGGUCAGCAGUAGUAGUGUUGACUCGCUUCAUGAAACAGUUUCCAAGGCACAGAACAAAAGAAAUAGAAACAUUUAUAGCAAAGGCAGUAAAAUACAUAGAGAGUUUGCAAAUGGCGGAUGGUUCGUGGUAUGGAAAUUGGGGAGUGUGUUUCAUAUACGCGACCUUCUUUGCUGUUCGAGGUUUAGUUGCUGCGGGCAAGACUUACCAAAGCUAUGAGCCGAUCCGUCGAGCGGUUCAAUUCCUUCUUAAGAUACAAAAUGAUGAAGGUGGUUGGGGAGAGAGUUUUCUCUCUUGUCCCGGCAAGAAGUAUAUUUCUUUGGAGGGGAAUAAGACCAAUGUGGUAAAUACGGGACAAGCAAUGAUGGUUCUAAUAAUGAGUGGUCAGAUGGAGAGAGAUCCAUUACCAGUUCAUCGUGCUGCGAAAGUUUUAAUCAACUCGCAAAUGGAGAAUGGUGAUUUUCCACAACAGGAACUUAGAGGAGUUUACAAGAUGAAUGUGCUGCUACAUUAUCCAACCUAUAGAAACAUUUUUAGUCUUUGGGCACUCACAUAUUACACAAAGGCUCUACGCUUGCUCCUCUAA